GUGGCUAUAGUGCGUCAAGUACACACAAAGUACACGACAUCCAUCAAUGUAUGGCUGUGACCUCGAGGCUUCAGCAUUGCAACAAGCUACAUUUCAAUCCCAUGCUGCAUCAUCGGUCUCCAGAAUUUCCCCGUGGAGUUGGGGGUCUUUCAACCACUGCCAACUCUGCACAAAUUCAACCCAAAUGCAAGACUUAACGCCAGUCCUUCAUACUUCUAUUAUAUCUGAUUCCUCUUCAAUGUCCAUCUCAAAUACUCAUCAGACACGAUUACCAUCACCGGCGUCAUCGAGCAACCACAAAACCAUAAAUGUUAUCCUCUUUGGUGAACGCAGCUCAGGCAAGAGUUCAGUCCUCAAUGCAAUAGCGCAAAACUCGGCUGUGCAGACAUCUAGUAAUGCAACUGCUUGCCCCUUUAACUAUCAACGCGAUGAAGUAACAAUCGCUAGCCAGAGAUUUGCCCUGUUUGAUAUUGCGGGUCUCAAUGAGGAGACGGCGAGCACAGCGCUGGACAAAGAGAAAUUGAAGGGUCUGCUACGCGAGCUCACGAGCGCUGGAUCCGAAGGCAUCGGACUUCUGGUGUACUGUGUGCGCUGCACGACACUCCGUCGCGCCCUUAUUCGAAACUACAAUCUUUUCUACUCUGCGAUCUGCAAGAAGAAGGUCCCUAUCGUCGUCGUCGUCACAGGAUUGGAUAUCGAGAGAGAUAUGGAGAGCUGGUGGACUACCAAUGGAAAGGACUUCAAGAGUCGUGGCAUGCAUUUCCAAGACCACGCAUGCGUCACAACGCUACACAGCUACCGAGGCAUGCCAGACGCCCUCGCUCAUCGCAUUUCAACCUCCAGGGAAAUUCUGCGCAACCUUAUUGUAAAAAAUUGCUUGGAAUUGCCAGUUAAUGACAUCUGCAUCAACCCUACUUGCGUAGCCGUGCGAAAUAUGAUUAGAGAUAGCGAAAGCAUACCGCGGGAAAAUGGUGUUGGUCAUCAUCGAUGGUGCUGGAGGUCUAUUCUCGACAUUUGCUCAUUGUUGAGAUGUUGGUGAAGCAACAGGCGAAGCAGGAGUUACAUCGGUUACCACUCAUUCGGCCAGAUCACUCACUUGGUCACUUCGCAAUACUUACUAUCUUACACAAUUCUCUGCACAGUAAUUCUAAAGUACUACAAAGUUGGAUGAUCAAAUGUGAUGGAAGAUCUU